CAGGCGCAGGCGCUGAAGGAGCUAGUGGUGAUACCCUUGCAAGCUCCGCACCUGUUUGCAAGUUACAACAUCAUGCCGCCCCGUGGGGUUUUGCUGUACGGGCCGCCAGGCACAGGGAAGACGGUGCUGGCAUGCGCCACUGCCUCGCUGGCGGGCGCCUGCUUCCUGGUUAUCAACGGGCCAGAGGUGGUGUCUGAAUACUUUGGCGAGUCGGAGGCCGGGCUGAGGGGCAUCUUUGCCGCCGCCGCUGCCCUGGCACCUACGGUGAUUUUCAUUGACGAACUGGAUGCGCUUGCCCCAUCCCGCGGCGGCGGGCCGGGCGGCAGCAGAGCAACCAGCAGCGGCGGCAGCUCGGCACGUGUGGUGGCCACGCUGCUGAUUGAGAUGGACAGGCUGGGAGGUGCGCCUGCGCCGGUCGUGGUGGUGGCUGCCACCAACCGCCCAGACUCGCUGGACGAGGCGCUGCGCCGGCCGGGCAGGUUUGACCGGGAGGUGGAGGUGGGGGUGCCAGCUCCGCCCGAGCGGCGCGACAUCCUGGAGAAGCAGCUGCGCGGCAUGGCGCACAAUCUGGUGCCUGCCCAGCUGGCGGAUGCCGCCCAUGGCUUUGUUGCCGCUGACCUGGCAGCGCUGUGCAACGAGGCAGCACUGACUGCCCUGCGCCGCAUAGUGAAGGCGCCAGAGGGCAGCACCGGCGGCAGCCCCCGCAUCACGAUUGCAGACUUCAGGACAGCCGAGACACGCACACGGCCCAGCGCCAUGCGGGAGUUGGCCUUUGAGAUCCCCAAGGUAUCGUGGGACGACAUUGGUGGGCUGGAGGAGGUGAAGCAGCACCUGAAGGAAGCCGUGGAGCUGCCCUUCCAGAACCCAGCGGCCCUUGAGCGGCUGGGCGUCAUCCCUCCCAGAGGCAUCCUGCUGCAUGGCCCGCCGGGCUGCAGCAAGACGCUGUUGGCCAGGGCGGUGGCCUCCCAGGCCAAGCUCAACUUCAUCUCGGUCAAGGGGCCGGAGCUGUUCAGCAAGUAUGUUGGCGAGAGCGAAAAGGCCCUGGCGGCCCUGUUUGCCAAGGCAAGCACUUCCAGCCCUGCUAUCAUCUUCUUUGACGAGAUCGACGGAAUGGUGACGGCACGCGACAGCAGCGGCGACCAGAGCCUGGGUGUGGGCGAGCGCAUGCUGAGCCAACUGCUCCAGGAGAUGGAUGGCUUGCAGGCGAGGUCCAGAACCGGCGUAAUUGUUAUUGGUGCCACCAACCGGCCGGAUUGCUUGGAUCCCGCAUUGCUGCGGCCAGGAAGGUUUGACAGGCUGGUGCAUGUGCCGCCCCCAGACUGCGCGGGGAGAGCAGCUAUCUUUGCCAUCCACACACGGCGCAUGCCACUGGCGCCGGAUGUGGACCUGGACAGCCUGGCGCAGCAGGCAGAGGGCUUCACCGGCGCAGCAAUAGCAGGGUGCUGUCGGGAGGCGGCGCUGGCUGCCCUGGAGGACGACAUGGAUGCC